UACACGUAAGGUCCUAUGAGAUCGGCAUUUUAGUUGCAUGAAGGUGAAACUGGAAGCAUUAUAUGCAGAUUAACGACAUGGAUUUCGUUAAGCAGGACCACUGCACAAGUGGGAUUAAAGAAGAGAAUCAGGACCACGACUACAAGAGCGCAGUAAAAGAGGAGAACCAGGACCACUACGUAAGUGAAAUAAAGGAGGAGAACCAGGCCCACUUCAUAAGUGAAAUAAAGGAGGAGAACCAGGAUCCGGAUUUCAUUCACGAAGCCCACUACGUAAGUGAAAUAAAGGAGGAGAACCACGAUCCGGAUUUCAUUAACCAAGCCCACUACGUAAGUGAAAUAAAGGAGGAGAACCACGAUCCGGAUUUCAUUAACCAAGCCCACUACGUAAGUGAAAUAAAGGAGGAGAACCACGAUCCGGAUUUCAUUAACCAAGCCCACUACGUAAGUAAAAUAAAGGAGGAGAACCAGGACCCGGAUUUCAUUCACGAAGCUCACUACGUAAGUGAAAUAAAGGAGGAGAACCAGGACCCGGAUUUCAUUCACCAAGUUCACUACGUAAGUGAAAUGAAGGAGGAGAACCAGGACCCGGAUUUCAUUCACGAAGCUCACUACGUAAGUGAAAUGAAGGAGGAGAACCAGGACCCGGAUCUCAUGGACCAGGCUGACAACAAGAGCGGAAUGACUGAGGUGAACCAGGACCUGGACCACCGCAUCAACGAGUCCGCGCAAAGGAACAAGGCAGACUUGUCCUCUGGUCCCAGCGACCAACAGACACAGACAGACACAAAGACAUCGCCUCAUCACCACUGUCACCAGCAUGACAAAGCCUUCCUAUCACAGCAUGAUCUAAAGAGUCAUCAGAAAUCUAACACAGGAGAUAAACGAUACAGCUGUGACUACUGUGGGAAAACUUUUACUAAGAAGAGUCAUGUAAAUGACCAUCAACGAAUUCACACAGGAGAGAAACCAUACAGCUGUGACCACUGUGGAAAAAGUUUCACUUGGAAGAGAUCCUUAAAUGACCAUCGACAAAUUCAUUCAGGAGAGAAACCAUACAGCUGUGACCACUGUGGAAGAAGCUUCACUUUGAAGAGUUCCUUAAAUGAGCAUCGACGAAUUCAUACAGGAGAGAAAUCACGCAGCUGUGACUACUGUGGGAAAACUUUUACUAAGCAGAGUUUCUUAACCCAACAUCAACGGAUUCACACAGGAGAGAAACCAUACAGCUGUGAAAUCUGUGGGAAAAGUUUUAGUUUGAAGAAAUCCUUAAAAGAUCAUCAACAAAUUCAUACGGGAGAGAAACCGUACAGCUGUAAUCACUGUAGGAAAACUUUUACUACAAGGAGUUGCUUAAACCAACAUCGACGACGUCACACAGAACAGAAACAAUACAGCUGUGAUCUCUGUGGAAAAAGUUUCACUUGGAAGAGAUCCCUAAAUGAUCACCGACCAAGUCAUACGGGAGAGAAACCAUACAGCUGUGAUUACUGUGGAAAAACCUUUGCUCACAAGAGAAUUUUAAAGCAACAUCGACAAAUUCACACAGGAGAGAAACCAUACAGCUGUGAUCACUGUGGAAAAUCCUUUACUCAGAAGAGUCAUGUAAAACGACAUCAACGAAUUCACACAGGACAGAAACCAUACAGCUGAGACCUCUGUGGGAAAAGUUGCACUACAAAGAGUUGCUUAAAUGAGCAUCGACAAAUUCAUACAGGAGAGCUUCAGACUGUUUUCACUAUACCUGCUCCUACAAUGUGGAGUGCUCUUUCACCUUAGCUUUGUUCUAUUAGUGAUCUCUCCGUCUUCAAAUCCAAACUAAAGACUUGCUCAUUUACUUUCGCUUUUGGUUCCUAGCAAAGCGUAAGAAGUUUUGUUGCCGUUGAUCACUUUCUUAUUGUUUUCAGUUUUUAAUGUUGGGUUUUUUAUAUUGUGUUUACCAGGUGUAAGUAAAGCACUUUGGUACACUUUCAGUUAUUAAGUUCUAUAUAAAUAAGGUUGAGCUGAGAAAGGCCAUACAUAUGUAACCAAUGUGGGAAUAGACUGACUUUGGAAGUGUCCAGAGAUGUAGUGCUAUUUGGUGAAGUACCAAAGUGCACCUAUAGCUCCCCCCCAUGCAUGUGCGUGGUUCAUUUGUGGCCUGUUUUGAGGGCCAUGUAAAAGCUUUUACUAAGGAGGCAUCUGUAAUUACCCCAUGAUGUUAUACUGACUUUAUUCUCUGGUGAAUUUGUAACUGCUUGUCACAGAGUGCAUGUUAAAGCCAUAAAAAUUCUUAUAACUAGGGUGUAAUCUGCACGGGGCACCAGGGCCAAAUCCCAACCAAAAUAUGUAAAACAGAAAUCCUCUCUCCAUAUUUGUCAUGAUGGUAUCUUGGUAUUUGGUAUAUGUUUACUGGCAUUGCCGGUAAACGUGUGUCUUAUUUGUGGCACUAAUGUGGCUGUAAUUAAGGAAUAUAAGCUAAGACGGCACUACGAGACAA